UUGGGAUUUCAAUUCAAAAAGCUCGGCUUUUUUCCGCUUUUUCCUUUUUUCCUUCUCAUCUUGUAUUUAUUCUAUUCGUUUCUGUUACUACUUCGCUGUUGUGCUAAUCAAAUUUAGGAGCACGCAGAGUUUCUUUCUUUCCUUAGGGUUUUUUUUUUGGGGCCUUCUCUGUGAUUUCCGGUCUCUUCUCUUCGAUUUUCUUGAGAUCUUAUCAAUUGUACCGUCAUUGUAAGUGCUUCUCUCUCGCUAAUACCGUCGAAUUUUCGCCGUCUGCUCCGUGCACUGAGAAUCCUCUAAAUUUCAUGAGGAGGACUUUUGCCUGUUUUUGGAUAUAUGUCCAUGUUGGUCUCUGAUUACAGUGGCUGGGUAUGCUUUCAUUGAUGUGACUUGAUCGGUUAUUGUGAUGAUGAUAAUUAUUGUAAGCCUUUUCAAGGUAGAAGAAGCUUUCAUUUGGUUGUAGAAGAUCAGGAUUGGGGUUUUCUGGUGUUGGGUGUUCUAGAUAUGAUAAAGCAGAUAUUCGGGAAACGCAAGGCCCCAAAGUCAUCCCACAGUGAUUCGAACGGUGAUGGAGGGGUUAAUGGUGCAUUGUCUGUGAACUCUUCGUUUGGGUCCAAUUCCAAUAGUGCCUUGAAAUCCAAUUCAGCUUCUUCAAAAUCUUCAAAUUCUCCUUCGGACGGGUUGCGGCCAGGUAAUGGGAUUCUCGCAACGAGUUCAAAUAAAACAAAUCAUCCUAAGAAAUCAGCUGCAGCUUCUACGACGCAAGUGGGUUCUGUAACGGCUCCUGGAGUUUAUGAGGCAUUGCCAAGCUUUCGUGAUGUUCCUAACUCAGAAAAACAAAAUUUGUUCCUUAAAAAGUUGAACAUUUGUUGUGUUGUAUUUGAUUUUAGUGAUCCUGCUAAAAAUCUUAAAGAGAAGGACAUCAAGCGGCAAACUUUGCUUGAGCUUGUUGAGUAUCUUUCCUCUGUAUCUUCGAAGUUUAAUGACAUAGCAAUGCAGGAGAUCACAAGGAUGGUGGCAGCCAAUUUAUUUCGAACUUUACCAUCUCCCAAUCAUGACAGUAAGGUAGCAGAUCUGUAUGAUGUUGAGGAGGAAGAACCUGCUUUGGAACCAGCUUGGUCACAUCUGCAAAUCGUGUAUGAAUUUCUUUUUAGAUUUGUAUCUUCACCAGAGACUGAUGCAAAACUUGCUAAAAGAUACAUUGAUCAUUCAUUUGUGUUGAGAUUGCUUGACUUAUUUGACUCCGAGGACCAGAGAGAGAGGGACUACCUGAAGACUGUUCUCCACCGUAUUUAUGGAAAGUUCAUGGUGCAUCGGCCAUUCAUUAGAAAAGCGAUAAACAAUAUCUUUUAUCGGUUCAUAUUUGAGACAGAGAAACACAAUGGAAUCGCAGAGUUGCUAGAGAUAUUGGGCAGCAUAAUUAAUGGAUUUGCUCUGCCUUUGAAGGAAGAGCAUAAGUUAUUUCUUGUCCGUGCCUUGAUUCCCCUUCACAAGCCCAAGUGUGUAUCGAUGUAUCAUCAGCAGCUUUCAUAUUGCAUUACUCAGUUUGUUGAGAAAGAUGUCAAGUUAGCUGAUACUGUGAUUAGGGGACUUUUGAAGUAUUGGCCGGUGACUAAUAGCUCAAAGGAAGUUAUGUUCCUCGGUGAAUUGGAGGAAGUCUUAGAGGCCACCCAGCCAGCAGAAUUUCAGCGUUGUGUGGUUCCAUUAUUCCGUCAGAUUGGUAGAUGCCUCAACAGCUUACAUUUUCAGGUAGCCGAACGGGCUUUGUUUCUAUGGAACAAUGAUCAUAUCAGGAAUUUGAUUACGCAAAACAGCCAGGUGAUACUACCUAUAAUCUUCCCCGCUUUGGAGAAAAAUACACGGGGCCAUUGGAACCAAGCAGUUCAGAGCUUGACCCUUAACGUGAGAAAAAUAUUCUCAGAUGCUGAUCAGGCGCUUUUUGACGAGUGCUUGGUGAAAUUCCAACAAGAUGAAAUCAAGGAGAGGGAAAAACAGGACAAGAGAGAAUCCAUAUGGAAGAAACUAGAAGAUGUAGCAGCGGCUAAGGUUGUCAGUAAUGAGGCCGUCCUGUUCAAGGUUUGCGUCUUCUGUUACCAUCACUUCAAGUGCAAAGCAAUGAGCAACUACUGGAAGUUAAGAGGUACUGGGGAUGCAAAUUGCAAGACCUGACCACAUGAUGAGAUGAAGAACUAAAGUAAAUGCAUCCAGUUAGUAUCUAGCAUGUAUAAUUUUGCUGGAGAAAGCUGGGAAUGAGUCUUGUGAAGGAGGGCUCUCCUCAUCACCCGGGCUCUCGGCUCCUUCCUUUAUGCUCUUCAUCCAUGGGUUGUAUAAUAUGUACCAUAAAGGAUCUGAUUUAUAAUUGGCAGUGCUUGUUUAGAGUUCUAGUUCUGGCAUUGCGCAGUGAUACAUAAAGCAAUCAUUUUCCUUAUUUUAUCCUCUCUGUAAUAUUGAAGGUGAUUCCAUUGCGUCGCAGCCUUUGCAGGUGAAGGUUUCAUUCUCUCAUGUACUCAUUCGCGUGGAACUCAUAAGGAAGCCUAAAGCGUGUCCUGA